CAUGAUGAUAGUAGUUAAUGGAUCGUGGGCUGGAACGCCUCGUGUCGUGUGAUCGUCACCGAUUCCUCCGUGCCACAUCUCCGUGCCCUCAUCAAUCGUUGUGCCUCGCUUCGCUAUCGUUCGUUUUCGAAGCAUUUCGUUUGUUUGGUAGUCGCAGCCUGCACAGACAUCACGGAGACAAAGUUGAGGAAAUUAUCGUGCGCAAUAUCUAGUGCUGUGACAGAGGGAAGGAGUUUUAGUUAGUUUCGUUGCUGGAGCUGGAGUGUUUGUUCAAGUUCAUGCACUCGUUCGGCGGGGUCGUUCCAGUACCGGUUGUAAUGUGCAUCGUGAUACGGAAGAAGGAGCUUAGCACGGAUCCACAUCAUAAAGGGACCUCCUCCACCUCCUCGUCACUAUUUACGCAACGCAAGUGUUGAGAGGAGUUGGUGACGAUUGUUGAGAUUAACAAAGUUGUGGUGGUGGUGCUGGACGAUUCGCAUGAAAAAAGCAACAGGUUUUUACACCAAACACCACUACGAACAGUUUGAAUGUGGGGUUUGGGUGGGUACGGAAUCUUUAUGCAACGCGAACCGCAACACAAAGCGGCACACGCAUGAUCGUUUGGCGCGUUCGUAGUUUGUGAACCAGCAGAACAUUAUCUUAUUAGCGUGUUUGGUGCAAAGCCUGCAUUGAGCUUGAAUUAUCUGAUUCAAAAGUUAAUGAUCACAAGCGUUGUUUGGAAUUAUUUCCUCUAAUAAUUCCUAAUUGUUUGUCCGUCUACAAACUGGCGCAUCCUUCUCUGGCUGAUAACGAAACUGGACUGCCAGUCUUCAAAAUGCUUCUAUAGAUAGGCAGCGAGCGCUAUCCGCUGAAGUAACUCUCAACUAAUUACCCAACAGUACACACGGCCAUACGAUGGCGAAAGUGAAGGUUCAGGAAACAGACAAUCAAGUGACACCCUCAUCUGAUGGGACCACAGAAACACAGCCGGCUUCCACAGAUGUUGAUGUUGCGCUUGAAAGCAAUGCAGGAACCGCUUGUGCCAUGACCAACACCACCGAUAGCACGAGAGGCAGUCUGUCGAAUGUCUCUACGACGUCCAACAACAAACAUUCAAACAUCGUUGACGAUGAUUCGAGUGCAUUUGAUAGUAGCAGUGACUCGGAGUGUAGCUCGGAAUGUGACGACAAGUCAAUUAAACGAGUUAUCGAUCGAAUACCGAAAGAGCUCAGAGCGGGUGAAUGCGAGAUCCGCGAUGGGGCCCUCAAAAUUGGGCCACAGGCGAUCAAUUCGGUCGCCUCAUCAAUGCGACCACCGCCGACCAUUGGCUCAAUAGCCCUGCAAAACUCUUCCGACAUUACGUUCGGCAACAAAACGUACAUCAAGGGGCAGGUUGUGAUUAAAAACAUCUACAAGGAUCGACAGAACGGCCACACCAAUGGGGCAUAUGAAAACGACGCUUGCGAGAUUGAUCCCGACAACUCCACCAAAAAAGAUCCUUCAACAUUGUCACCUUCUCAGCCCAAAUCCUGGCAGUCUAAUCUUAAGGCAAUCAUUAAGGAUAAACCAUUGCUCAGUUCGUUCUUGGUCAUACUACUGAUCUGCUUCCUAUGUGCCGUAAUUGCGAUCAUUUGCGUCCUCGCUGCCACAGGUAAAACCAUGUUUAGGCCUACCAUUGGCGACGGAGAUGAUGAUCGUCUUAAUGUCCCGCCGAACAAGGACAUAGAGGAUGAUCUCUUCCCUGAUCCUAAACCACUGCGGCUAGUAACACGAACCGAGUGGUUGGCGCAGCCUCCAAGGGAAGAGCUUACCGAUCUGAAGCUGCCGGUUAACAAUGUGAUCAUUGCGCAUACAGCUACCGAGGGUUGUACAACUCAGCAAAGUUGCAUGGCGAGAGCUCGAUUCAUACAAAAUUUACACUAUAACCAAGGCUUCGGUGACAUCGGUUACAAUUUCCUAGUAGGUGGUGAUGGCCAAAUUUACGAAGGUCGAGGGUGGAACAAACAGGGAGCUCACACAAGAGGAUACAAUGGUAUCAGCCAAGGGAUUGCAUUCAUAGGAAAUUACGAAACCAUUGACCGGCCGGAAGAAGCACAAAUAGAGCAACUGGUCAUGCUACUGCGUAACGGAACCGAGUCCGGUAAACUGGCCCAAAACUACAAAUUGUACGGAGCCCUGCAGCUGAAAGCAACAUUAAGUCCGGGACAAUAUCUGAUGGAAAAACUGGCGCAACUGCCGCACUUUAGUCUGGAGAUACCACCAACUUAAUGCAUUCGGCAAAAAGUGGCGCCAAAAGACUGACUUCACAGGAAAACUAGUGCAAUAAUAGUGAUUAGGUUAAUGGGAAAAUCUACAAAAACGAUCUAGAAAAGGGAAUAUCACAUGGGUAGCAUUAAGCUAAAGAUAGCAAUCAAUUAUGGGAAGAACAAUUGCCGCUAAACCGUGUUUGGUACCUCAUCCGAAAGAUCACAACUGACUUUCCGACGGAAAUGUAACCAGAGCCCAACAGUUCCGUGAUACCAUUGUUAAUAACCCACUUCCCAAUCU